AUGCACGGCAUUGAGGCCUUGAUGAUGAAGGACGAGGACAGAGGCAAACUUCGCCCGGUGGACCGGCGAUGUCGUAACCUCUGGGACCAGCUCAUCGCCCCUCUGCUGACGUUGUCGAUUCUUGGGCGCCUCGAAAAUCGGCAGCCAGACCUGCUCAAAUACCUUCUGCAUUGCCUACUCGGGCAGCGGGGGAUGGUCUACGGCGUGCUCGCCAGCGCGACGCCAUCGAAGAGAACGGGGACUUUGCCGACCUGGGAGACCAUCGCCAAGGUCAUCACGGAGAGUGACACUUUGGAGUCUCGGGUGGAGGCGCUGCGAAGCCUGGGGUUCCGCGGGCCAAAGCCGCGCAAGUCUUGCUGGUCAGGUUCGGUGUGGGUGCGGGAUGAAUAUCCGCGAAAUCCGGACUCAGCACCAUGGGAGGGCUUCCAAUACGUGGACAGGGAGGACGCAGACGUGCUGGGGCAAGGCCCGCCGGGAAUGAAGCACGAGGCCUUCAGACAGAAUCGAAUGUGGUGCUUGGAGCGGUCUGAGCAAUUCGAUGAGAAGGAGCAGGAGUGGGAAUCGGGCUUCAACAAGAGGGCGGAUGCCUUCAUUUGGGAGGAGUCGCCCGGCUUCAAGUGGUCUGGUGGAGCUGAGAAGCCCAUCACGCCCAGUAUUUACGACAAGAUUCAGUUGUCCAACCGGCUUUUCAUCAACGAGGCUCUGGCCGAGAGAGUUUUGAUGGCCGAUCGAGUGAAGCUCGUCGGUGAGAAGCUGCUUUGCCCUUUGUUGAUCUUCUCAGCGGAGAGCUUGAAGAAGCCCAGCAUCGGGGCCUGGAUCAUCGGCUCGGACUUGGAGGAGCUCGAGCAGGCCGAAAAGCUGGCACUGAAAAGGGAUCUGCUGCGCUACGUGGCUGCGCAGGCUGCCAGCAGCAAAGACGGACCUGCCUGGCAGGCGCCUUUCCAGAAGGUCUUCGACGAGACGAAGGAGAAGCUCGCCCUCGCUCUCAUGCAAAAGGCCCCAGAAGAGCUGGAGACGUUGACGGAGAAGGCGGAGGAGCUCCGAUGGGAGCCAGGGCCAGAGGUGCGACGUGGUCGUCUUGGGCUCGAGGCGAACGAAGCACCAGAGGACCAGGCCGAGCUGCUGCCAGAAGAUGAGAUCCGAUGGUUUAAGCGCAG